CCUGCGAGGGAGAGCGCUACCUUAUUUGGAUACGCUAAAGCCACUUUAAUCCGUGUGGUGCAUCUUUCCCUGCUGUCAUUUAGGAUUCCUUUCUCAAAUUGAAGAAGAAACACUUAAGCUAGUGAAUUCAGGACAGGCAGGAUAGUGGACUCCGCGCCUGCGGGGGCUUUUUGUCGGUUGCCUGGGCAUUUUAUUGGACCGCCUGGAAACCCUGCGGCCGGGCCCAACCUGAUUCUGCCCUUUAUUGGGCGCGUCGCUUUCUGGAGGGGGCGCGGGCAGCCCUUGAACCUGCUCCCGCAUGUUUGGCCUCUACUCGGUGUGGGAGGCCUUGGAAGGGAAGCGGAUGGAGCUACCCUCAGUUCAUAGAUGCCUCCAAGAAAAAUUAUUUCACUUUUCCAGCUCAAUCAAGAAAAUCAGCUGCUCCUUAAAAAGCUGAGGCAUGUACGCCUAAAAAACAAGCAGUUGGAAUAUGAUGUAGUGCAGUUGCAGGAUAAACUACACGGGCAAAAGAAGUGCUUGCCUGCCUGCAUCACAAAGAAAGAUGUACAAGUUCAAACAGAAGUUCACUUAUACCAUAGAGGUGAUGGGGUCCAUCACAAGGAACAUGAACCAAUGAAGGAACAUGCCAGAGUACUUCAGAUGUAUAAUGAACUGAAGAAAAGGUAUAAUAAAGGAGUCAAAACAAACCAAAGACAAAAUGAAACAGUUGCAAUGCUGUCUGCGAAAAUUAAUGAUCUGGAACACCAACUUCAGUUAGCAAAUCAAAAGAUAAAAGCCUUGGAAUAUAAAAAAAAGGACAGAUCUGUUCUAAUUCAGAGAAAAAUGUCAUCUGACAAAUGUAUGUGCAAAAAGAAGGGAAGCUGUUCCUGCAAAUAUUUAGACCAGCUGCUUUUUGAGACACAGCGACUGAAGAUGGAAAAUGAAACACUCUCCAAAGAACGAAGAAUGUUAAAAAAUGAGCUUGCUGCAUUAGAUAAGGAUUUUUUUGAUGAAAUAGAAGAUUUAAAAUAUGCUCUACAAGAAGCCAUAAAGCUGAAUACUCACUAUGAAAAGUGUUUAAAAGAGUUAAGUUCCACUUAUGGAGUCACUUUUACAUCAAUGUUGACAGCUGGCAAUCAUCGUACAACUUUAUGGAAAUAACAUGCUCAAUCAAGAUUAUUAAAGUAUACUGAGCGUACUCAGAAAAAUCAACUUUCAACAGAGUAACUUCUUAAUUUGUGCCAUAAAAUCAUGACUCUGACCUAUUUUUAAUUCUGCAUAAUUUGUAUACAGUUUUUAUUCUUCCUUUAUUUUUAAUAAAUUUGGGGCUGGCUUUAAUGCAAUGCUUAACUGUGAUUUAGCAUUCAAUAAGUGAAUGUAAAUGAGUCUUGUACUUAAACACUUCCACUUUUUCUGUCUUCUGGAGGCAUAUACCAAAAGAAGAAAAUAGAAGUAACUGAUUCUGAUUUUAAACUAAUUGUAGAGCCUCUUUAUGUCUGAACUUGGGGCCUGUGAUUAGUUCAAACUAUGGCUUGUUCAACCCAAGGGAACUGUAUGGAACUUUGGUUGGCCUUCCAGCUUUUUGUUUUACCACCAUGGAGUGGGUACAAUCCAAGUUCAUCAGAAUUGCUGCCAAGAUACCCCAUGUCUCAAAUUAUUAUCUACAGUUGGAGACAGGCAUGAUAAAAGUUGAGGCAAGAGUGUGUCUUGCUUCCAUAAAUAUUUGGGUAAAGCUUAACUUUUAUCCUCAAGGCCUAGCACCAUUAAUUCUCCAGGACAAAUUUCAAUCUAUCUGUAUUAAGACCUUUUAAGGUGUUAAGUAGCAUUAAGCAUAAUAUCCUUCUCAACUACUUGCAAGGGUUGGGGGACUGUUUCACUCUUUCCUGAGCAGGCAAUUCUAGUCAGAAGUGCUGGGGGAUCACUGAAUAUUCCUUUAUGAGGUGCCAUCUGGCUUGACUAUCUCUCCCCUGUUCUUUAAAAUUUAUAUCAAACAUAUGAGAGAGGUUAUCCUUCAGUUUGGGAUGAGGUCUCAUCAGUAUGAUGAUGAUACCCAGUUAGUUAUAUAUCUCAGCAGUGGUCAAAUUGGAGAUGCCACAAAAGUCUUCAGCGUUUGGAAACUCUAGGAAUUGGGACAAAACAAGUUAAAACUUAAGUCCCAGCAAGAAGGAGUUAGUUUAUCCAAAAGCCAUCUUGUUGGCUCCUGUUUUGGUGCUGGAUGGGAUUUCAUUUGCCCUGAAGGAGUAGGUCCAUGUCUUAGAGGUAGAGAUUGUGGCUAGGGAAGCUUUGCCUAAUUUUCGUUAUAUCAGUUGUGGGCCUAUUUGGAGCAGGAGUGAAUAGGGAUAACAUCACCUUGAGGUUGAACUUUUGUAACAUGCUGUUCAUUGGGCUACCUCUGAAGACUACCUAGAAAUUGGAGUUGGUUCAAAAUGCGACUCCCUGUAUGUUGGUGGGCAAGUGCUGCUGUAGCCAUAUGAUACUGGUUUUACACAUGCUGUGUUGGCUACCAGUAGAUGUCCAAAUACAAGUUAACGUACUGGCUUUAAUCUUUAAAAGCCUUUGUUGAUUAGCUCCCUGGUACAUUCUGUCAUCUUUCCCAAACAGAAUCUCUCCUGUGCUCUCCACCUGGGAGGGGAUGCUUUGGGUUCCCCAGUGAGAUAUGGAGGGAACUGGAGGCAGGCCUUCUUGAUGGCUGUCCUUGUCCUUAAGAAUAUCUGAGUGCAGAGGUCCAGAUGGCUCCUGCUCUACUGUUUUGGAAGUUGGUAAGAGCUAUUCUUGGUGGUAAUGUUUUAUUAUCUGCAUUUAUUUUUAUUGUUUUUAUGGUAUUAUGUUGAUGGUUUAAUGAGUGUGUGCCUAGAGUAAUUUUAAAGUUGGUGGUGUACAUAUCAUGUAAUAAAUAAUACAUUAAGAGAAGGGUGGGUGAUAAAUGCAAUAAUAAAUCCUAUUCCUACUGUCUAAAGUCUACUGAAAUGAACGAGGAUUAAGAGGAUUUAGCUUUAGCUGGACGGUAAUUUAUGUAAAGCAGAUCCCUGCCAUACCACUGCAGCCUGUAGCAAUUUAGUGUUGGUUUUGAACUUCAGAGUCUUUCAUGUCUGGGACUGAUUUCAGAAGGACUGCCAUCUGGGUCUUCAGAUAAUUGGCCGAGGCCUUUGUCUCAGUGCCUCAAUUAGCUGAAAUACUGUAAGGGAACCUGCUUUUUAGUAGCACCUCCUUGGGUGUGUAAUGGUUCCCCCUGGUUCACCUGAUUGCUUGCUUUACUGUAAUUUGGGGUGGUAGCUAUAGGCUUUUACAUGGCUAUAUAGUGAUGUUUCAGUAUGCUUAUUAUCUAAUAAAGUAAUAUUUUCGUUAUUUUAGUUUUCUUUUUAACUUCUUGCUUGUAGAGAUAUUUUAAUCUUGUUUAAAGAUGCUUGCUUGGAUUUCUUAAGUAUGUGGCAUUAAGUAUUAAUAUUUUCUACAACCUUUGGAAAAUGAUGAUGAUUGGGUGAUGAAUAUAUUGACUGAAUAAAUAGCAUGUCAUGGAGUCAAAGCACUACUGAUGGACAAAGUAUAACUUUAUAUCAGGAAUACAGAAACUGCUUCAGGUACGGCAUUGCCAGAAAGCUGUACUUAAAAAGUGGAUGGUGCCAUUGUGUUAAAAUAGAUUUAAAUCUAAUUAAAAUUCAGUUAUUUUAAAUCAGCUUUUCCCCUGUGAACUUAAUAAUAUCCCUUGUAUCAUAUUAACAAUGAGAGUCUGGUGGCAACUUCUGGAAGUCCUCUAUGGACUGCACCUAAAAUUUGAGGAGUCUGCAUGACCUGCUUUAAUAAACAAGUUUUUAC